GGUCGCCGUGAGAUGGAGUGUGGCAUGAAAGACAGGCAAUCAUGCUCGAUCGCGAUUACUUUGUAAAUGGCAUGGCUUUCAUCAUUUUGUUGGAUUUUCUCAGCACUUUGGUGGAUGUGGAUUCCAGAGCAAGGGGACAUGAGACGCCCACCCUGACCCUGUUAACAUCUGAAAUUUGUUUGGGCCUAUACACUCUGGAGUUGGGCGCUGUGUUCUAUUUGCAUGGAAUUCAAAGGGCAUGUAGCCACAAGUCGAUCCUCUUCGACCUGUUUUGCGUUGUAUCUGGGUAUAUGGCGACCUUGAUUUACCUGUUGGGCGCGCUUUUACCGACAGAAGCCAAAUUCCUGGCAGAUCUGAAGGUCAUGCGCCUCAUUCGUAUCCUACGGGUGGCCCGUGUGAUCCGAAAAACCCGUUCCUUGCGGGAGCUUCAGAAAUUGCUGCAGAUGAUGUCGACGGGUCUGAAAGCCCUGGGGUGGUCUUUCGUAUUUUGCUUCGCCUUCAUGACACUGUGGGCCAUGCUUAUGGUUGAGUUUGUCCACCCGUUAAUGCAGCAGAUGUUCCGCGACGGCCGCGCUUUUCAAGACUGCCCGGAGUGCGCUGACUGGGCAUCCUCAGUGAUGAAGGCGAAUUUCUUACUGUUCAAAACUGUCAUUGCAGGAGAUAGUUGGGGGAAAAUCGCAGUCCCAGUCAUUGAACACUACCCGGCCACGGCCAUCAUCUUCUGCGGCUCGUUGCUCACGCUGGUCUUUGGGGUUUUGAACAUGGUGGUCGCUGUGGUUGUGGACUCCUUUGCAGAGAGUCGGCAGAAAGAUUUGCUGCAUUUGGCAGAGGAGCUGGAGCAUGAAAAUACACAGGACAAGAAGCAUCUCGAAGAAAUGUUCGACCGCUUGGAUUCCAAAGGCAAAGGUGAUGUCACAUUGGACCAACUUGUGGAAGGGGCCAGUAUAGAUGAAGGUUUUCAGAGCAGGUUGAGAGUGAUGGAUAUUGAUCAGGACGAUCUGGAACAAUUCUUUCAUAUGAUUGAUUCAGACAUGAGCGGCGCCAUCAACAAGGAGGAGUUUGUGGGGCCCAUGAGCCGUUGGAUCGUAGAUUCCAAGACGGCGCCCCGCUUCGUGAAGUACAACGUGGAGCGUGUGCUGCAUCGGCAGGGUGAGCUGUUGAAGCAGAACCAGCAGCAGUUUAGCAUCCUGAGUUCUCGCUUGGAUGAACUUUGUGAACACUUAUUGCAACCUUACCGAGGUGAGGUGCCGAAGAUCAGGGCCUCGGAAGCGACCGACGGAACCGACGAAACUCUGGCAACUUUGGGCGUGAGCUCACUGAGCUCCACAGAACUUGGCAUCGAACAACCGAAG